UGUGACCGGAGGCUUUUUUACAGACGCGCUUCCUCUAUAGAACAGACUCUGAGUGAAGAACAUCGCGAACUCGAGUCUUAAAUAAAACCAUCAAAAUAUCAGAGCUAGACACCAAACAGCGGAUUAAACAACACUUGAGAGCUCUAUAAACACUUCAACACCACAGAUCACAUCAUGCCGCAGAACGAGCACAUCGAGUUACACCGCAAGCGUCAUGGCUAUCGCCUGGACCACCACGAGAGGAAGAGGAAGAAGGAAAGCCGUGAGGCACACGAGCGCUCACACAAAGCCAGAAAGAUGAUCGGCCUCAAAGCCAAACUCUACCACAAACAGAGACACGCUGAGAAGAUCCAGAUGAAGAAGACCCUUAAGAUGCACGAGCAGAGGAAGAGCAAGCAGAAGGACGAUGACAAGACACCAGAAGGGGCGGUGCCAGCUUACCUGCUGGACAGAGAGGGCCAAUCACGCGCCAAAGUUCUCUCAAAUAUGAUCAAACAGAAGAGGAAAGAGAAGGCUGGAAAGUGGGAGGUUCCUUUACCGAAGGUCCGAGCCCAGGGUGAAACUGAGGUUCUGAAAGUCAUCCGCACAGGAAAAAGACAGAAAAAGGCCUGGAAGAGAAUGGUGACCAAAGUCUGUUUCGUAGGAGACGGUUUCACACGAAAACCGCCCAAAUAUGAGCGCUUCAUCAGACCUAUGGGUCUGAGGUUUAAGAAGGCACACGUCACUCAUCCCGAACUGAAGGCCACGUUCUGUUUGCCCAUCCUGGGGGUGAAGAAGAACCCUUCCUCCUCCCUGUACACUACGCUGGGCGUCAUCACCAAGGGAACAGUCAUUGAGGUCAACGUCAGUGAGCUCGGAUUGGUCACGCAGGGCGGGAAGGUCAUCUGGGGUAAAUUCGCCCAGGUGACGAAUAACCCAGAAAAUGAUGGCUGUAUUAAUGCCGUGCUGCUUGUAUAAUGGAAACCUGAAGCGUUUAACAUGGAACUGUGACUCUUGAGUACAGCCGGGAACGGCUCUUGCGUGGAUACUGUUGUCAUUGUCAGAAUACCGGAGAUCUUGAAAUCACAAGACUGGAUGAUUUGCUGACAGUUGGAGUUUUGUCUUCUCAUCUGGACUCACAAAAACACGUGGAUCAGAAAUAAAGUGCUGUUUAUUUUCAAAUAAAAUUUUCAGCUGUU